CGCAUGCGCAGUUGCGUUUUUCGGCGUGAGGCGACAACGGUUCUCGGGGUUAGCUCCAGGAUAGCUAACGUUAUAGCUAGCUAGAAGAAAUAUGGCGUUCACAUUCGCGGCCUUUUGUUAUAUGCUCGCUCUGCUGCUCACGGCGGCCCUCAUCUUCUUCGCCAUCUGGCACAUCAUUGCAUUUGAUGAGCUGAAGACAGACUACAAGAAUCCUAUAGACCAGUGUAACACACUAAACCCGCUGGUGUUGCCUGAGUACCUGAUCCACGUGUUCUUUUGUGUGAUGUUCCUGUGUGCUGCUGAGUGGCUCACCCUCGCCCUCAACAUGCCCCUGCUGGCCUAUCACGUCUACAGGUACAUGACCCGACCCGUGAUGAGCGGCCCUGGACUCUACGAUCCCACCACUAUCAUGAACGCUGAUAUUCUGGCCUACUGUCAGAAGGAGGGGUGGUGCAAACUUGCCUUCUACCUGCUGUCCUUCUUUUACUAUCUCUAUGGGAUGAUCUACGUGUUGGUGAGCUCUUAAACUCCACAGUGUGCACUUCAGUGUGGAUUUGGACUUUGCCGUCUCUUCUCUCCUCUCAGUGCGGCUCUGUUUCAAAUGGACACCCUGCUCCCUAAUCUGGGACGAUAUACAGAACGCAGUCGGCCAUCGGUACAGCAGUGCAUCAUCACACACACACACACACACACACACACACACACACACACAGAGUACAUUGUGAACUUUAACACUAUCGACUCCCAGGUUUUCACUGCAGUGCUGUUGGAUUUCUUUUUGUUUUUUUGUGAAAUAAAGUGUUUGUAAUUUUUUCCCUUUGAUUUUCAUACUGUUUAUUUUAUUUAUUUUUCAUGAUGGAGGUUGUGACUGUUUCUGUGCCAAAAAAGUUUUAUUGGUUUUAUUUCCCCCUUGAUGAGAGCAUUUCAUUUCUGUCAUUUUAUCCUGGAGCAUUAUCCUGUUCUUUUCAUUUAAGCCUUUAAAUCAUUUGAAACGGAUUUCAGAAGUUCUGACUGUGUUCUGUUUCAUCCUCUGGUCAUGUAAUGAGCAGGGUUUUUAAUUAAGUUUGAUGCACAGCCUUGGUCAGUAAUGUGUUGGUCAUUUUGGCUCUGUCCUAAACCCUCAUUCUCUGUUCUAGCAGACGCUUGAACUACUCAGACAUGGCUGUUUAAGACGGAGCCAAAAUGGUGGACGCUCUUGAUUUGACUGAGAGUUUUUGUGAGAAGUCCUGAUGCCACCCUGGUGUGUGUGUGUGUGUGUGACUGAACAAACAUACAUUCCUGACCAGGGCUUUAUCACUCCUGUGAUUGGACACUCCUGUCAUGUGACUUAGUAUUAAUGCUGCAUGCCUUUGUACUCAGAAAAACCCAAGCUUUGGCCAGGAAAAUGCAGCUCAGAAUUCCCAGUUACCAAUCAGAUUAUGUUCAACUCCACCCGAGUUCUCUCUCUCUCACACACACACAGCGGUUUCACUUCACACUGCUUCUGUAUUU